UGAUGAAUCUGAAACCAAUAGUUCAGUUAAUUCUAAUAAUGACUAUGACACCCAAGAAGACGAUUAUUUUCAAGAGGAUGAUGAUGACGAAAGAGUAAACUCAGUUAUUAGCUCUCCUACGCCAACCAUUAAUGAACAUUUUUAUGAAGGUGAGGAUCAAGAUAAUGAAGAGGACAGGACGCAACAUGAUAAUAAGAGUAUAACCGGGCAUAAUAAUAAGGACAUGACUGGGUAUAAUCAUGAGGAUAUGACCGGCCAUAAUAAUGAGAACAUGACCGGGCAUAAUAAUGAGGACAUGACCGAACAAGAAAAGAAGAUUGCCAAUGCAAUCGAUUUUGUGAACGAG